AUGACACAUACGCAGGGAGUCGCAGAAAAACGACUCAGAGGCGGCACCAAAAAGUCCCGGACAGGCUGCCGUACUUGCCGGAUCAUCCCCCGAAAAGAUAAGGGCCAACUGCAGAGUCUACCCCUGGAGAUCACCGAUGGCUUUCGCUGGGCGGUAACAACAGAUGAGCGGCGAUGCUACUCGUACUUUCAGCAUUACACGGUUCCGACACUCUCGGACUCUUUCGACUCGCGCCUUUGGCAGGAAGUACUUUGCCACAUGAGCCAGUCAGACCCUGCAGUUUAUCAUGCCGUCAUUGCCCUGAGCGCCGUACACCAAGACUCCGAGACACACGGUAUGCCUCUACCGGGACAAGACCUCAAGAACGAGUGGCAUCUAUUCGCGCUUGAGCAAUGCGGACGAUCUUUCGCUUUGCUCAGCCGGCGCCAAUCGUCGCAGGAUCCGCGGUUUCGAGAGGUAAUGCUUAUAUGCUGCCUCUUGUUUGUCAUGAUACAGUUGCUGCGUGGCCAAUACGACGACGCGUUUUUACAUCUACAGAGUGGUCUGAAAGUCCUUAACGAGGCCAUGGUCUCAGACUCUUCCGAAAGGCCUAUUGCGCCAUGUAUAGUCGCCGCCUUCGCCAAUCUCGAAGCACAGGCUGUACAAUACGGAGCUUGCAAAGAUUUCAGCGCAAAUAAGGGAGUUGCUUACCCAGCGGGUUACAUGGACAAUUUGACAGCGUUCAAUAAUCUGAGCGAGGCACGCCAAGCGUUCGACUUCUUGACCAGCACUGCGUUCCGAUUUGUGUUCCUGUGCAAAGACCUGUCGGAAGAGGAAAUUCUCACGGACUAUGAUUUCUUCCAAUCUCAGCAGCUGCAGGUUCUAUCCCAGUUCGGUAUAUUCGGCCACCGCUUUGAGCCGUUCUGCUCAUGUAGCACUCUUCCUCCGGAUGAGCGAAGGGGAGCAGACGUAUUGCGUAUACAACUCCGCAGUCUCGGCCUCCAGAUCAGGUUAGCUCUCGUACGCGAUGAGACCGUACUAGACUGUUACAAUUCGGAGUAUGAGGCACAUGUCAACAUGAUCGUGGGACUCUUAAGCAAGUACCCGGUCGUCCGCCCGACCGUCGUUUUGGAAGCUGGCAUUAUUUCUCCGUUAUACUUUGCGGCUCUGUGGUGUCGCGACUACAGCGUCCGGCAUCGUGCGAUAGACAUCCUUCUAUCCUGGCCCCACCGGGAGGGUGCAUUCGAUGCCAACUGGGCCGCCUUACAAGCUCUGCAACGGAUGAGUGUUGAGCUUUCUAUUGAGCCCGAGCUGGUCGCCGCGGCCGACAUCCCUUGUCUGAUGUCCGAUCAAAAUGGAGACAGAUGGGUACCGAUCAAUUGCAAUGGUAUUGCGUUCGAGGAUGCCCUGAGCUAUGCAAAGGUUAUGCUAGAUCGGCCUUGCUUCCAGACUGUAAGGAAGUGGGUGCCGGCAGUAGUAUACGACUCGCCAUAG